UGGCAUUUUGUGAUGUGAGGAUUUUUGUUGAAAGUUUUUUUAAUGGAUUAAUAGAGAAAAUCUCAAAAGUAAUUGAUGUCAUUUAGAAGCUUUUUUAAUAUUAACUUGAAAUAUCGGAAAACGGAUAACUGUGCGAUGCCAUGGAGGUCCAAAAUAGCCUGUAUGCGUCUCUUCAAAUUUGGUUAAGAGAUGAAAAUAAAAAAUGAUGGAAUGCAAAUAAAAACAUUAGAACAUAUGUGAUGUGAAACAUAAAUUAGUGGUAUUAAAAUAAAAGGAAUGACUAUAAAUAAAUAGUGUUGAUCUCAGGGGCUAAGAUUAUAAUACUGGAAAGAGACUAGUUAAGUGAAUGGUAGUAGUGAUAGUGCAGCAUGAAAGGAAGGGGUAUGUGAUAAAAGUGCGAAAUGAUCAAGGAAAAAGCCGAAAAGAGUUCGGAAACAACAAAAGAUGAGGCUGGCAGUUCAGAUAAAGAGACUGCUAGCACGGAAGUGCGAGUUAAAAAGGAAGAAGAGACUAGUGUUAAGAAAGAACCCUGUACAGGUCCUAUCACCAAAAAUGGGGGUAUUGUUGGUUCAACGAAUACUGGUUCUUUACAAACAACAUUGGAUCGAAAACCUGAGGUGCAUUCAGAGGACUCAUUAAGUGUUCCAGGGCCUGAUACUAGUGCACUGCCUCUCAAAGAAGAAUGUAUAGAUGGGGAGUUAGGAGGAGAUGCAUUUGGACUGGGGUUGCCUACUACUGGAGGCAGUUCACAUUCUCAGCCUCCAGAAGGAGUGCAACCCCUAGUAAGUAAUGUAAUAAAUAAGCAACCUAAUUCUAUGGAAGUAAACUACAUGCAACAACAAAGUCAAAUCUUUGUGUUUUCUACAAUAUUGGCAAAUUCAGGUGCAGAAGAAGUGAUACAAGGUAGAUAUCCUUCAAUAAUAGCUUAUCAUUGUGCCCAACCUGGUACCAAAAAGUACUUAGAAAAAAACCCACUUAAAGUAACCCAGUUUAACCGCCAAAAUCCAGCCCAGUGGCUUUCAAAUAUAGCAAUGAUGAAAAAUAAAAGUUGUACCAGAAGCCCAGGGCUUAGCUCUAAACCUCCAACUACCUUGGACAAUUUUUUGGGACCUGAUCCUUUAGAUGAUAUGGUAGGUUUGGAUGAGACAAACAUAGCCUGGGAUACAAAAAAUAAUCAUUUAGAAGGUCUAGAUGCUGCUGUUUCUAAUGGAUUACCUGAUGUGGUGCCUGAUAUGGAUGCUUGCAGUCCUUCCUUAGCAAAUGUUCAGCCCUCAUUUGCAGGGUGUCAAAGUGCCUGACGAGAAUCUCACUCCCCAACAGCGCCAACACAGAGAAGUACAAUUGGCUACAAUAAGAAAAAUGCAACAAAUGCUCUUUCCUGAAAGUCAAAGUAUGGAAGGAGUUCCAGGAGGUACUGGUGGUGGAAAUGCUCCUGGAACGGGAGGUAAUGUACCAGCUGACUCAAAUCUUCCUCCUGGUGCAGCACCUCCUAACAGUGGGCAGUUGGAAUGGCAGAAGUUACAUCAAUUUUAUGAUGACCCAAAAAGAAAACAAGGUCCUGGUCCUGUAGUUGCAGUGGGUCCAGUAAGUGGUGGUAGUACUGGUCCAAACAUGCCAGUCGGAAGUGGGGGACCAGCAGUGAUGCCUCGAGGUGUUCCUGGACCAGGACCAAGAUUACAAGGACCUCCCCCUCCUUAUCAUCAAACACCUCGUUCUGCCAGUGUUCCCAUAGCUUUACAAAGUCCAAAUCCUACAUCUCCAAAUAAUCCAACAUCGAAUUUAUCACUACCUUCACCUAGAGCCUCAUCAGCUCUUAAUUCACCUGCGGAUCCUAAUAGGCCUUUUGGAUUAAGUAGGCAUAUGAGUACUGGACAAAGCCCUACCUCACAAGACUCUCCCUCUGCACCAAGACUUAAUCAUAGUAAUCCUAGUACACCAUUAUCGUCACAUCACCUAUCUCCCAGUGUAACAAACAGUAGCACUGAGCCAACAUCAACUCAUCAGUCUACAGCUGAUGGAAUGUUUGGCAGAACUUUACAAUCUAUGGCACAACAAAAGCAACAUAUUAGUACUUCAACGACCUCGUGUGCAACAACACCAACAACUGGUGUUGUUAAAGAACCAAAUCUUAUGCCUGUACCUUCACCUCAGCAAAUACAGUACCUCAAUACUUUUGAGGGACAAGAACUGAUAAUCCAGAAACAGCCAAAUACCAGCUUAAAAGAAGGAAAUAUCAUAUCACCUCCGGUUUUGCCCACUACAAUGGACAGCGGUUUCCCAGUUACGACGUCAGAUCUUCCACAUUCGAGAGUUUCAGGUUCAAACACGCCUACGUCUAUGGAUGUAGGACCUAGGUUUCCUCCCACCCCCUCUGAGGGUUGUCGCUUCCAAAUACCCAGCCCUCACACGCCCACUGCCGUAACUGCAGGUGAAAAACCGACCCAGCGACUUUCUGGAGCUUCAGUGUUAAGUCCACAAACAGUUCCUGGUCCAAAUUCGGACCCUCUGAAAACAGACCUAUUUCCAACUCCUAGCCCGCACAUGAUGGAUGUUCCCAGAUUUCCAGGACCAAAUGCUUCUCCAGGUGCUAAAAUGGGAGGAGGUUUCGUCAAUUUAUCACCCCAAGCUAAACCGUUAGAUAUGCCUAAUUAUGCAUGUGUUAGAGGAGACAAUGUUCCUUUAAAUCCAAACUGUACAAGUACUAUGUCCGGCAAUCCAAAGGUUUCACAUUUUGAUCCGAUCUCAUCAUUAGCACAAAUGAGUCAGCAGUUAACAAAUAGUGUAGCAAGUUCACUGAAUGGGCAGAGCAAUCAAGGUCCUCCAAUGAUGAAUUUUGGUUCUCCUUCGAUGCACAUGAUGGAUAUGGGUGGAUGCCAUGGUAUGAACGAAAUGGAUCAAGGUUCGGGUGGUAUGAUGGGUAUGCCUAUGCAAGGUCCUCCCCAUGGAUUUCAUCCGAAUUCGCCAAUGGGUCCUAUACGCUCCCUUUCGCCUAAACUGCCAGGUGCCUUUCCAAAUCAUAUGCCUAUGCCUAGAAUGAUAGGACGUCCCCCAGGACCAAAUCCUUAUAAUGGAGCAAAUGUCCAAGUCAAGCCUAAUGCACCAAACACGAUACAAUAUCUACCAGCAAAAUCUCAGGUGGGGCAGGCUCCUCCACCGAGAGGACCACCAAUAGUGGAUUUCUUGACACGUAUCACAACUCCUAUGAAUAUGAUGGAUGCAAAAAUGCAACCACAGAAUAUGCAAUAUUUCUCCUCUUGUGGUCCUAACAAUGGACCGAUGCAAGGAGGUCCUAUGCCUCCACAUAUGGGACACAUGGAUGGACCCAUGACUCAAGACGGACCUAUCGGACCAAUGAGUAUGAGUAGUCAUAUGGGAAAUGGACCGGGACCUAUGGGUGGCAACAUGGGAAUGCCCGGAGGAAUGAUACCUAUGAUGCGAGGUCCUAUGAGACCACCAAUGGGUAUGAGAAUGCCACAAAUGGUUUUUAACGGACCCCCUGGAGGACCGGAACCGAUGUUCAAUCCUGGCCCGAAUAUGGGUAAUCCCUCGCCACAGAUGUUCGUUAGCGGUCCUAAGGGCAGUCCGAUGGGCAUCGGAGCCCCAGAUGCCAGUCAACCUCUUCCUCCUUCGAUGGGACAAAACAAUAGCUUUAAAAAUUCACCUUUUGUCUGUCCUACAACUGCUGACCCCAAUUAUGCACAACAGUUCCACAACUUCCAGCAACAGCUGUAUGCCACUGGCACUCGUAGUCAAAUGGGUGGACAAACCAUGGGACCAGGCCCAGGUCCACCACAUAUGCAACAGCCUCCUUACUACAAUCCCAAAUAGCAAAUAUGGUGCUGAGUGUGUGAGUCAGAGUAUUUUGUUUUAUUUUUGAUAUUACUAAUGAGUAAUCCGGCAAUAAUAAAAUGUGAGAUUGAGUUGUAUAUUUAGUGUUACGCAUCGAAUUCAAGUGCAGUUAAAGGUCAUGUAAAAAGUCGCCUGCCUGAGGCUCAGUUCGCCUAAAUACUUAAUGCUAUUUUGGUUUGUAUAUUCGCCAUAAAUAAACUAGACAGAUAAACUAGAAAGUAAUUAUUAAUAUUAAGUGUUGGACUUUCUUAGUCCUUUUAAAGACGGAGGUUUCACUAUUGCUCAUUAAUUUGUUUAUCCUGUUAUUCGUUUAUUGUACAUUUUAUGAGUAAUCAAUUGAAAUGAUAACAAUAAAAUUCUAUAUUAUAUA